AUGAGAAACCUGCCACCGGCUCUGGUGGCCGAAAUCCGUCAUGUCUUCCAAUGUUGCUCCGGGCAGUGCGCUGCCUCAAGAAGGCCUCGAUUCAGCACCUUGCAACCACGACUAAAGAGCAUUCAGCCACGAAAGGACGACAGUAUCCCCAUUCAAGUCGUCCACAGCCAGUUGCAGGCCCAGAAAACAAACCAGGCGCGGCCCUCGAUACCUCCAGCUCCGCAUACGCCCGAAGGCAAGGAACUUAUACCGCAGGAAGAGCAGGCAAAAUCUCUCGACACCGGCCGCAAGGUUGAGGUCCCUUUCAAGGUCAUUCCAAAGGCUGAGGUCGCCCCUAAUCUGACGCUGUCUCCGAAAGAACGGCUCCAUAUCGAGCAAUUGACAAGAAGACUGCCUCCUCGCCCCGAACCAAAGGUGUACAAGAGGAGACUGCGCAUAUACACCGCGGGCAAUGGCAGGAUAUAUAUGCUCACCCUCCUUCGCUUCACGACGAUUGCCGCCUUGGGUUUUGUCACCGUUAUUGUCGCUCCGGCGCAUUGGGUGAAUGGGAGUUCGUUGUGGACUGUUGCUGGCAUAUGGCUGGCAGGCUUGGUCCCGUUCAUCUUCGUAAACUGGACUUUGAGACCGAUGGUGACAGAAAUAUUCCUUCGGCUUCCACCAUCGGCUCAAACAUCUCCAAAGGUAGCCAUGGCUUAUGCCAAAAGUCUUCCGGCAGAUGCCACCCUCGACCUGAGAUUCAUGCGAUCCUUCACCAUCACUGACAUGGUAUCAUUGAAGAUCGCUAACACAAAACCUAUCAAAAGCCUCUUCCGGCCCGUCAGCUUUGAAUGGGUUGGGCCGCUGGUGGAACGGGGAGGCUUGCUGAGACCGAACCCGACUCAGUUCUAUGUACGGCCUGAAUCGGCGGGCGGCAGAGCAGCAAGGGAUGUCAUUCCGGGGAUCUGGAGCAAAGUUUACGAACGACUUACUGGAAUUGAAAGCAACGUCGUAUCCAAAUGGCGGCGAUGA